UUGCGACAGAGGCCGCGGGUCCCGGCCGGGGAAGCUGAGAAGAGGUAUCUGCAGCGCAGUGCUCGGCCCGCGAGCUCGCUCUUCGCCAGCCCGGAGGGCUUCUUUCUCCAACGCGCGACUCGCCGGCGCUGCAGAGCCUCGGCCCCGAAACCCGGCGGGGGUGUGAACCUGAGACCAGCAGACCCCGGCGAGGCCAGGACUCCCCAGCGCGAGGGCGGCAGGGGACGCAGAGCGGCCGCUCGCUAUGAGGAGGGGAGCGGGCCUAGGGCGGAGCGGCCUCGUCCCCCGGGCCUGAGCGCCCACCCGCUGCCGCCGCGGGACGUCCCCAACCCUCCGGGGCUUUCGGCCAUGGGCGAUCGGUGAAUAGGCGGCGUGGGGAGUCGUGGACCUGCCACUUCGGGAGGUAAUGCUGGCUCAGUUUUGAGUGGCCCGGGGAGAGCGAAGAAACCCUAAAAUGGAGGACUUUACUACCAGGACGUACGGCACCAGUGGCCUGGACAACAGACCUCUGUUCGGAGAGACGUCGGCCAAGGAUCGAAUCAUCAAUUUAGUUGUUGGCAGCUUAACAUCCUUACUGAUUCUAGUAACGCUGAUCAGUGCUUUUGUUUUCCCUCAACUACCUCCAAAACCGCUGAAUAUAUUUUUUGCUGUCUGCAUCUCUUUGAGUAGUAUUACUGCCUGCAUACUUAUCUACUGGUAUCGACAAGGAGACUUAGAACCGAAAUUUAGAAAUCUAAUUUACUACAUCUUAUUUUCGAUCAUCAUGUUAUGUAUAUGUGCAAACCUGUACUUCCAUGACGUGGGGAAGUGAGGCUGCCAAGGAGAAACACUUAUCAGGUCUCUGCGAAGCUGUACACUUGGACUGUAAGAGCUGGGUCAGGUGUGCUGAAGAAUCUCCUGUGCAAGUCUGAUACAUGAUUUUCAUGUUAAUUGUAAAUCUAAAAUUCCCUCUUGCAGGGGAGACGUAUCCUAGAUUGCUUUGCUUUUUUCUUUAAGGAGCUGAUGUUGCACUGAAACAUUCCAAACCUUAAAGCUCAAACAGCACAAGCAAUUUUCACUUUUGAAAUUAAAAUUUUUUAUAAUGUAGGUGCAUGGCGAAAGGCUAUGUGACAAUCUUGCAUUUUAAGACAAAUAUUCUUUUAUUUCUGUUAAACUGAAUAUACAAUUAUUGUUCCCUAGGCAACCAACUUUUGCUUAUAACUACAAUUAAAUUUCACAUUAACAAAACACAGACGGUGAAAAGACAACUUUGAUUGUGAAGAUCUAAUUACAGUAAUAAAUAAAAUAAUUUAUACAA